UUAUUUCUUAUCUAAAAUAUAUUUAGAUACUAUUUUCAAAAAAAUUAAAAUUUUUGAACUUUCACCAUUAUACUUGUUCAAGUUUUUAACUAUUUUAUAAAGUUUUUUACAAGCUACAGUUUCGAGGCAGUUGAUUCCAAAUUUAAAUUACAACUUAUUGAUUCUGUUCCAAUUAAUUUUGCAUUCUAAUCGAUUUCUAGUGAAAAUAAUCUAGCUUAUCAUUUCAUGUAUUUUUUAAAGUUUUAAUUAUUUUUGUAUUAUAUUAUAGGAUAGAAGAUAAUUAAAAUGAAAUUAUCAAUGUUUUGAUUAAUAUUUUCUAUAGAAUUUAUGGACCUAUAUAUACUAAAUAUUAUAUUCAUAGGUUCUAAAUCUGGUUAAAUUAUUUUCAGGUUUGGUUACUGGUCCGAAGAAUUUGACUUCAAAGUAAAUAGAUCCAACGGCUGAGAUUGUCUCUUCUUCAUCCUCAUUCAGAUCAAAGUCAGAAACUUUCGAUCUCUCUCUAGCUUACUCAAGCUGAGGGGCGCCAAAAGAAACCCUUUUGACGACAAAAGAGGGAACCUUUUUUCCAAUUGGGUCUUUCUGAUUUUGAGCGAUGGAGCAUGAGAAGGCGGUCAAAGAAGCCCUAAACGCACUGUAUCAUCACCCGGAUGAUACAGUGCGUGUUCAAGCUGAUCGCUGGCUCCAAAACUUCCAAGGAACUCUCGAUGCUUGGCAGGUUGCGGAUAAUUUACUUCAUGAUUCUUCCAGCAAUUUGGAAACUUUGAUUUUUUGUUCUCAGACCCUUAGAAGCAAGGUUCAAAGAGAUUUUGAGGAACUACCACCUGGUGCUUUUCAGAAGCUACGGGAAUCAUUAACGACAUUAUUAAAAAAGUUUCACAAAGGGCCCCCUAAAGUCAGGACCCAGAUUAGUAUUGCUGUUGCUGCCUUGGCGGUGCACGUUCCUGCGGCAGAUUGGGGAGAUAGUGGUAUAGUUAGCUGGCUCAGGGAUGAGAUGAAUAUGCAUCCUGAAUAUGUGCCUGGCUUCUUGGAACUCUUGACAGUUCUACCCGAGGAAACGUUUAACUACAAAAUAGCUGCCCGUCCGGAUCGACGACGUCAAUUUGAGAAUGAGCUUACUUCUCAAAUGGAAGCUGCACUUAGUAUAUUAACAGCAUGUUUGAAUAUAACCGAACUUAAGGAACAGGUUCUUGAGGCAUUUGCUUCUUGGCUCCGUCUUAGGCAUGGGAUUCCUGGAGCAGUUCUUGCCUGUCAUCCAUUGGUGCAUGCAGCUCUCUCAAGUUUGAACUCUGAUCCACUCUCAGAGGCAUCUGUAAAUGUUAUAUCUGAACUGAUACAUUACACGGCAUCACCAAGCUCUGGUGGUAUUUCUGCGCAAACACCCUUGAUUCAAGUUAUUGUGCCUCAGAUUUUGAGUCUUAAAGCCCAUCUAAGAGAUUCUUCAAAGGACGAAGAAGAUGUCAAAGCUAUUGGUCGAUUAUUCGCUGACGUAGGCGAUUCAUAUGUUGAGUUGAUCGCUACAGGUUCAGAUGAAUCGAUGGUUAUUGUGCAUGCUCUGCUGGAAGUUACUUCGCACCCAGAAUUUGAUAUAGCCUCUAUGACGUUCAACUUUUGGCACAGUCUUCAACUUACGUUGACAAAGAGGGAUUCUUAUAGUUCCUUGGGUAGUGAAGCAUCUAUUGAAGCUGAGAGAAACCGAAGACAGCAUAUCUUCCGACCAGCCUAUGAGAGCCUCGUAUCUUUGGUUGGCUUCAGAGUUCAGUAUCCUGAAGAUUAUCAAGGCCUCUCGUAUGAGGACCUUAAGGAAUUCAAGCAGACUAGAUAUGCUGUUGCAGAUGUAUUAAUUGACGCUGCAUUAAUCCUGGGAGGUGAUACAACUCUUAAGAUUCUCUAUAUGAAGCUUCUUGAGGCCAAUGCUCAGACAGGAAAUAAUUUUCAAGAAUGGCGUCCAGCAGAAGCUAUCUUGUUCUGUAUUUGGGCAAUAUCAAACUAUGUUUCAGCUGUUGAAGCUGAAGUCAUGCCCCAGGUGAUGGCCUUGCUUCAAAAUCUUCCCCAGCAAGCGCAACUGCUUCAGACAGCAUGCUUACUUGUUGGGGCUUAUUCAAAAUGGCUUAAUGCUGCGCCAGCUAGCGUUUCAAUAUUGCCGUCGAUCAUUAGAAUUCUAAUGAGUGGAAUGGGGACAUCUGAAGAUUGUGCAGCAGCUGCAGCUUUGGCUUUUAGACAUAUUUGUGACGAUUGCCGGAAAAAUCUUUGCGGAUAUUUUGAAGAUUUAUAUACAAUCUAUUGUAUGGCAAUUAAUGGCGGGGGUGGUUACAAAGUAUCUGCAGAGGAUUCACUCAAUCUCGUUGAAGCUUUAGGAAUGGUUGUUACAGAACUUCCUUUAGAUCAGGCCAGGAGUGCACUUGAGAAAUUAUGUUUUUCAGUCGCUUCUCCUCUAGAGGAAGCGGCAAAAGAAGAUUUGGACAAGAAGCAUGCCCGGGAAUUAACUGUUCAUAUUGACCGGUUUGCCUUCCUGUUCAGGUAUGUGAACCACCCUGAAGCUGUUGCUGCUGAGAUAAAUAAGCAUUGGGCUAUCUUCAGAGUAAUUUUUGAUGCUCGUCCUUGGGACAUGAGGACAAUGGAAUCUCUAUGCAGAGCAUGCAAAUAUGCUGUACGUACUUCUGGAAGAUACAUAAUUAACACAAUUGGGGAAAUGCUGGCAAAAAUUCAAUUCCACUAUCAGCAGCAUCAUCAGCCAUGCUUUCUGUAUCUCUCCAGUGAAGUUAUAAAGAUUUUUGGUUCAGACCCAUCUUGUGCUGACUACUUGAAGAAUCUGAUUGAAUCACUCUUUGCACACACGACAUGUCUAAUGACAAGUAUCAAGGAAGUCACUGCUAGACCAGACAUAGCUGAUGACUGCUUUUUGUUGGCGUCGAGAUGUCUGCGCUACUGUCCACAUUUGUUUAUUCCUUCUCCUAUAUUUUCACCAAUUGUAGAUUGCGCAAUUAUUGGAAUGACAGUGCAGCACAGAGAGGCCUGCCACUCGAUAUUGACCUUUUUAUCCGACGUUUUUGACCUGGAGAAGUCUGUGAAUGAAGAACAGUUUGUACGAAUCAGGGACAGUGUCAUGAUCCCCAGGGGAGCAACAAUCACCAGAAUCUUGAUUUCAUCAUUAGCAGGGGCACUUCCCAGUUCUCGGCUAGAUACGGUAACAUACACGCUGCUAGCUUUGACCAGAACAUACGGUUCACAAGCAGUGGGUUGGGCUAAGGAAAGCGUUAGCCUGAUACCUAGAACAGCUGUGACAGAGACCGAGUCUGCCAAGUUCUUACAAGCGUUAUCCGAUGUUACUUAUGGAGCAGAUGUGAAUUCUCUGAUAGGACACGCGGAGGAACUUUCAGAUGUUUGUCGCCGUAACCGUACUGUUCAAGAACUUGUUCAGGCAGCUUUGAAGCCUCUUGAGUUGAAUCUUGUUGCUCCUGUAUCAUAAAGAUGAUGAGAAAUACAGAAAGAAAAGAAAGUAAAAAAAAAGAGUGGAGAAGAGCCAUUAAAGAAGGUCAAUUUUUGCAUAGACCCCUUUUGAUGGUUAUUAUUUUGAAAAGGUGAAAGAGAUUUCAUGUUUUUAUCUGCAUUGUUUUACUGUUUUUUAGUUGUUCAUAAAGAUUCUUUUAUAUACAUCAAGUUCUUUCUCGUGUUGAACCGUUUGUUCCAUUGUUUGAGAGAGAAAACAGAAGGGAUCUCCCUUCAAGGAUUGGUAUGAUUUUGAGUGGGAUCAUAUACAAAAGCAUCGAUUUGUUUUCUUUUCGGUUUU